AAAUCCGGUUCGGGCUUCUUCACCCGGUUUUCUUUUCCAACCUUUAAUUGGAGAAGAAGAUGGUUCGGAGUUGGGUUGUUUUAGGAGCUUAUGUGCUUGUUCUAAACUUUAUUGAGAGACACAUGGGCCUAACGGUUUAAGCUAGGGUUUACAACAAACUUUCGAUCUCAUUUUCGCCACCUGAAUCUGAAACAAUGGCGUUUUGGGGAAUUGAAAUAAAGCCUGGCGAACCCUACGUUCAUCAAUACGAUGAUGAAAAAGGAAGACUUCAUCUGUCACAGGCAACACUAGGUAGUGGUAAAUCAAAAGAGAAGGCUGUUGUUGUGUGUAAUGUUAGUGAUAAAAAGCCGAUAUACUUAUGCUCACUGCUCCCAAGAAAAAUGGAAACAUGCUCAUUGAACAUCGAGUUCGAAGAAUACGAUGAGGUAACAUUCUCAGUGGAGGGGCCGCACAGCAUUCAUCUAUCUGGAUUCUUCUAUGGAGAAGAGCCAAAUUCUGAUGGAGAUGACUACGAAUCUGGUUCUGAUGAGGAUGGUAGCUUUGAGGGAGUAGAGAUUGACUCCGGAGAAGAUAGUGAUUUUGAUGACGAGGAUGACCUCACUGAUGAUGAAAUGGAUAUGUUCCCUUCUUCAAAUUUACCAAACGGUGGAGUGAGAAUUGAGGAGAUUGUUGAUGAUGAGAAACCGGACGAGAACGCUGUUUCUGAACAAGCAAAGAAGAAGAAUAAACAAGCUGACGAUCGUCAGAAACAAAUUGUUUUGAAAAGUUCUAGCAAUGUUCCGGUAUUGGAGAGUGAAGAUGAAGACGGUUUUCCGAUUUCUUCUGGUGCUAAUGACAAAGACGACAUUCCAAGUGGGAAAAAAGUUACGGAAGAAUCAAGUAAAAAGGGUGAGAAAGGGAAAGCCAAGAGGAAAAACGAGGUGGAUGAUUCUGAAAAUAACGCAAAACGAAAGAAAGAUGAUUCUGUUGAAGUUCCAACGCCGGAAUCGGAUGUCAAGAAAUCAAAGAAGAAGAGCAAGAAAGCGAAAGAUACACGAGAAGAUGCUAAUGUUAACAACGGAGUUCAGAAGGAGGAAACCAAUAAAAAGCAAACACCUGAAAAGGCUGCAUCUUUGGUAAAAGACAAGAAGAAGAACAAACAGCAGGAGAAUAAUACACCUGCUGCUAAAGUAAACACAUCAGCUACUAAAGCUAAUUCAUCGCAAGUUAGAACUUUUCCAAAUGGAUUAGUAAUUGAGGAAAUUCAAAUGGGUAAACCAAAUGGAAAGCGAGCAGAUAAUGGGAAAAAGAUUAGUAUGCGUUACAUAGGCAAGCUAAAGAAGAAUGGGAAAAUAUUUGACUCAAAUAUUGCAAAGGCACCUUUCAAAUUUCGCCUAGGUGCUGGUGAAGUGAUAGCAGGAUGGGAUGUUGGUGUUAAAGGCAUGCGUGUCGGGGAGAAAAGAAGACUAACGAUUCCUCCGUCUAUGGGGUAUGGUGCUAGAGGUGCUGGUUCGGCUAUACCACCCAAUUCAUGGCUGGUUUUUGAUGUUGAACUGGUGGAUGUGAAUUAGCUUUUAGCUGCAAGACAAUAUGCACCUUUUUUCAGGAUCGAUGCCAGUUUUGGAACACAAAUGUUAGACGGAAUAUGAUGAGGUUUUGUUUUCAUUUGAUUUUUUUGUUACGUAUUCAGCUUCAAGAUCAUCAUUGGCGUGUAAUACUUUGGUUAUAAAGUUGAAAUAUUAUUGUGUUGUAUACAUUUGAUUAUGCAAUUUUGUCUAGGAAGAAACGAGAAGUACAUCUGAGUUUCGAUUUGUUUUUAUGAUUA